AUGUCAUACUACUUCAAAAACCUGAAACCUGGUUAUGAAUCAGACGAAGAAUUAGAAGAUGAUGAAAUCCUCAAAACACUGUCGAAGAGAUACGCCGAUGAGGAUGAAAGUGCCAGUGAUGACGAGUUGUCCUCUUUAUCUUUUGAUGCACUAAGAAGAGCAGAGCGCCAGCUUGAGGAAGAGAGCCGCAAGGAGAAAGCCGGAUCUCAGAACGAAUCAAAGCCGGCCUUGAAAAAUGCGAAACGCAGUAAGGAGAAGGAACUUGAGCUAGCCGAUUCAUUUAAAGCGAAGUCUUACACUGAAGAAUCUUUCGGCGAAAAUUCAGAUAGCUCCUCUGAGAAUGAAGGACUAUUCGAAGAAGAAGAAGUGGUUCGCGGUAACAAGAACUCGAAAGCCGACCACGGUAAGAACAGAAAAAAGAGCCAUGCCCCUUCAGAACAAUCUUCAAAGAAGAAGGUCUCCAGAAUAAGGAAGAUACCAGGGCUGGAGACGCCCAAAAGUAUGAACGAGAAUUUGUACCAGGACAUUCGUUUCGACAAAUCAUUAGGUAAGGCUGAAGACUACGAAAGCAUCAGAAAGCGGUACCAAUUCCUUGACGAAUAUAGACAAAAGGAAAUAAGUGAGCUCAGUAGGCUGUUGAGCGAUCGUAAAUUUGUCAACAAAAUCAGUGAAAGAGAGAGAGAUGAAAUGCAAGAAAAGCUAACGAGUAUGAGAUCAAAGCUACAAACCCUUAAGAACCGUGACCUGGAUCGCAAGAUUUUGAAGGACUACGAAACUGAAAUUAACAAGGGAAACAAGACCAAAUACCAUCUCAAGGAAAGCGAAAAGCGUAAAGUUAUCCAGAAGUACAAGUUUGACCAUAUGAAGGCCAAGCAAAGGGAGAAAGUUAUGGACAGAAAGAGAAAGAAGAGACUGGGUAAGGAGUUUAAACAAUUCUCAUUCCACAAUAGGUAA